AUGUAUGCCUGUAUGGUGUUGUCUCUUUCAAACUGACGAACUGACCCUGACUGACCACGUUGUCGACGGGGCCUCUUGAAAGGUGAAGAAACAUUGGAAUGAUGUCGAAAAAGGAUAUGGAUUUGUUUAACGAACGUGCGGCUAUAGCGGAGAGAGAAAUACUCGGUUUAAAGCUGCAACUCGAGUCGCUGCAACGGAGCAUCGCGACUGACGUUCCGAGCGAUAUAACUAAGGAGGAGUUCGAAAAGUUGCAGCAGGAGAACGCCAAGUUGACGCACAGGAUAACAAUACUCAAAAGGACUGUGGAAAUGCAAAGGAACAAACUAGACGAUAGAAUGGAGCUAUUUGGAACUGCAGAUACAUCAAGUAUAAAAGAUAAUCUCUGCGCAGUCUUUCAUAAAGCUAUUGGUGCUGCUUAUCCCGACAUAGUGGAUCCACCAGUAAUAGUGACUACUAGCUCUAAUCCCAAAUUUGGGGAUUAUCAGUGUAACAGUGCUAUGCCUUUGGCACAACAACUGAGUAGUUUUGGUAAAAGUACCAAACAAACUCCACGUGACGUUGCUAAAGAAAUUAUGUCCAAGCUAAAAGUAUUUUCUGUUGUCGAGAAAUAUGAAAUAGCUGGUGCAGGAUUCAUAAAUGUAUAUCUAAAACGUGAAUUUGGACAAUCCGUUUUGCGCAGUUGGUUAUGGGCUGGCCAAGUUCUCCCUCCAUAUGUUAAGAAGAAAAGGGUAAUUGUAGAUUUUUCUAGUCCUAACAUUGCUAAGGAAAUGCACGUGGGACACUUGAGAUCCACGAUAAUCGGAGACAGUAUCGCAAGACUGUUGGAAUACUUGGGACAUGAUGUGUUGAGGCUCAAUCAUGUAGGCGACUGGGGUACACAGUUUGGUAUGUUGAUAGCGCAUCUUCGAGACAAGUUUCCCAACUAUUUAACCCAUGCUCCUCCAAUCCAGGAUCUUCAGACCUUCUAUAAAGAAUCCAAGACUAGAUUUGACGAAGAUAAGGAAUUCAAAAAACGUGCAUACGAGUGUGUCGUCAAAUUGCAGGCUUUCGAGCCUGAUAUAACAAAAGCAUGGAAAAUGAUAUGUGAUGUAUCUAGGCAAGAAUUCGAAAAAGUGUAUGCUCGACUGGAUAUCAAAUUAAUAGAAAGAGGCGAAUCAUUUUAUCAGAGGCAUAUGGAGUCGAUAGUUGCAGAGUUAGAAUUGAAAAAUAUGCUCGAAGAAGAUAAUGGACGGAAGGUAAUGUGGGGAGAGAAACAUGGUAGUGGAAUACCUUUAACUAUAGUAAAAUCUGACGGUGGUUUUACAUAUGAUACGUCCGACAUGGCUGCUAUUAAGCAUCGUGUCGAACAGGAAAGGGCAGAUUGGUUGAUAUAUGUGACAGAUGCUGGUCAGUCUUUGCAUUUUCAAAUGUUGGAAAGUUGUGCCAAAAGAGCAGGUAUCUUGAAGAGCUUUCACAGGAUGGAUCAUGUUGGCUUCGGUGUUGUCUUGGGUGAAGACAAGAAGAAAUUUAAAACAAGGUCCGGUGACACUGUAAAGCUUAGCGAGUUGUUGGACGAAGGCUUGAAAAGGGCACUGCAGAAACUAAAAGAGAAAGAACGCGACAAGGUAUUGUCCAAAGACCAACUAAAAGCAGCCCAAGAAUCCGUAGCAUAUGGUUGCAUAAAAUAUGCCGAUUUACUACACAAUAGAAAUCACGAAUAUGUAUUUUCAUUUGAUAAAAUGCUGGAAGAUAAGGGCAACACAGCCGUUUAUUUAUUGUAUGCUUUAACUCGAAUUCGUUCUAUCGCCAGAACGGCGAAUAUCACAAAGGACGAAUUGCGACAGCGCUUGCACGAAAUUCCGAUCUCGUUGGAGCACGAAAAAGAAUGGAAACUGGCCAAAGUACUGUUAAAAUUUCCCGACAUAAUUCUUGGCAUUAACGAGGACCUAUACUUGCAUCCGUUGUGCGAGUUUUGUUACGAGAUUUCAUGCGCGUUUAUGGAAUUUUAUGAUAAAUGCUACUGCGUGGAAAAGAAUCAAUCUGGUGAAAUUGUAAAAGUAAAUAUAGGGCGUCUCUUGCUCGCGGAAGCUACUGCGCUUGUUCUAGAGAAAUGCUUUAGUUUAUUGGGUUUAAAACCUGUUGCACAAAUGUAAAAGAAUAAAAAUAAACAUACCAUAUGUGUA